CUGUUGCUGUUCUUUUCUCUUCAUAAUCAUCUGCCUUUGCUCCGCUUUGGUGAUCUAUACAUAGAUAAAUAUCGUACUGCAAGUUCGGCUACGUUCGAGAAUGAGAAAGCACCUGCUCGUUUUCUCUAGGUUUCUUGGUGAUUGAAGGAUUGUGAUGUACAGUGUCCGUGUCAGGUUCACUUCUAGCUGCCAUGGGCUAACAAGUCGAGGGGAGGGGGUAGGCUGCCCGCCGCGCGCGUGGGUGGGAUAUCGCGCAUGCGUACAGAUUGCAUCUCGCACGUGUUCCGCCUCAGCUCAUGCUCAACGCAUACUCCUAGGGAGAGAUGUCCCACAGGAAGUUCUCUGCGCCGCGCCACGGCUCCCUCGGUUUCCUCCCGAGGAAACGCGCCAAACGGCACCGCGGGAAAGUCAAGACGUUCCCUAAGGACGAUCCGAGCAAGCCGCCGCACCUUACCGCCUACAUGGGCUACAAGGCAGGCAUGACGCACAUUGUUCGCGAAGUAAACCGCCCGGGAUCCAAGAGCCACAAGCACGAAGUCGUAGAGGCGGUGACCAUUGUAGAGACGCCGCCGAUGAUAUGUGUAGGAGUGGUGGGCUACGUGGAGACGCCUCGUGGCCUGCGGGCUCUGAAGACCAUCUUUGCCCAGCACUUGAGCGAUGAGUGCAAGAGGCGGUUCUACAAGAACUGGUACCGCUCCAAAAAGAAGUGUUUCGGCCGAUCGUCUGGUCGCUGGAAGGAAGACGCCGGAAAAGCCUCGCUCGAUUCCGAUUUCAACAAGUUGAAGAAGUAUUGCAAGGUCGUGCGUGCCAUCUGCCACACCCAGCUGAGUCUCAUCAAGAGUUUGAAUCAGAAGAAGUCGCACAUCAUGGAGAUUCAGAUCAACGGAGGCACCAUUGCUGAAAAGGUGGACUGGGCCAGGGAACACAUGGAGAAGGCUAUACCUGUGAAAGAUGUCUUUGAUACGAACGAGGUUGUGGACGUAAUUGGUGUGACUAAAGGCAAGGGGUUCAAAGGUGUGACUUCUCGCUGGCACUGCAAGAAGCUGCCACGAAAGACCCACAAAGGUCUCAGAAAGGUGGCCUGCAUUGGAGCUUGGCAUCCGAGUAGGGUCCAGUUCUCAGUGGCUCGAGCCGGGCAGAAGGGUUACCACCAUCGUACCGAGGUCAACAAGAAGAUAUAUCGCAUCGGCGCCGGGCAGGAUGCAAGCAAUGCUGCUACUGAAAACGAUCCAACUAAGAAGCAGAUCACUCCACUGGGAGGGUUUCCUCACUAUGGAGUCGUGAGGAACGACUAUCUGAUGCUGAAGGGAUGUGUCAUGGGUCCCAAAAAGAGGGUCAUAACUCUCAGAAAGUCACUUUUGGUCAACUUCAGCCGUAAGUACAGGGAGGAGGUCACUCUGAAGUUCAUUGACACGUCCUCCAAGUUUGGACACGGUCGUUUCCAGACCCCCGAAGAGAAGAGCGCCUUUGUGGGUAAGCUAAAGAAGGACUAUGAAAAGGAGAAGGCUGCUGCUGCAGAGUGAAUGAGUGUUUGAACGAAUUUAGGUGUAAAUAGUGGUUUGUUAUAUUAUGCGCACGCACAAUGAGAAAUAAAUCCGCGCGCAUGCGCCAAUCUGCGUGGU